AAUGCGUUGGCUCAUUCUCCUGUUGGAGAGUUUGCUUUUAUGUGUAGUGACAUUUAUCAUUCUCUCGGGCCAGCUGCUUGACUUUCCUUCAGCGCCCUGUUCGUAGGGUUUGGGCGUCUAUAAUUGGAAACACUAGCUAACCAGAAGUUAUCGCCAGGGCUUGGGCUUGUGAUAGCGUCCCGGGCUCUCCCAACCUGGAAUGUGCAGCCUGCUCACCAGUAAGCAUGCCAGAUCAUUCUCUAGACUGGAUCCGGACCUCGAUUUCUCUCCCUGACUCUCUCUCUCUCCCUCUCACUCUCCCUCUCUCUCUCUCUCUCAACAUGGAAUUUGAAAAGAAGGUAAAGGAAAGCUUAUUGGACAAGAAUGUAGAGGAGAAACUUCUGGUCUCCUCUGCGGACUGUGACGCCACGCCUCUGCUCUUCACCUUUGUCCCCACCCUCCGGAGACUUCCGACCCCCGUGCACUGGGUUGACACUUCCCAGUUCCUUGUCAGAAUCCCUGAGGAAGCCUGUGAGCACAGCCCAGACACUGUAUCUAGGCUCCCGGCGGACACCCUGCUCCCGGGCCCCUGCGGUCGGCGAGAGGGAGCGCCCCGGACGCCGCCCGGCCCGUCGGAGGUCAGCGGGGGGCCCGCGGCCUGCGGCCCCCAGGGCAUGCGGCCCGGCGACGUGUUCAAGGCCCGGUGUGUCUUCAUCGUGGACUCGGAAGGGGAGGACGAGGCCACGGGCACGCCGGGGGACCCAGGAUGUUCCGGGGUGGUGGUCGGCACGGCCGCCAGGCCCAGGUCCCUGCCCCUGACCUCGGCCGUGCCCUCGGACGGGGUCCGCCCCAAGGUUUGGGGCCCCCGUGCCCCGGCCUCCGGAGCUCCCCGGGACGCCCCGCCACCCGGGCCCGCCCAGCCCUACAAGACCACGUCCAGCUACAAGGCCUUCGCGGCGAUCCCUACAAACACGCUGCUUCUGGAACAGAAGGCGCUGGAUGAACCAGUCAAGACCGAGCAUGUCUCCAAGGACAGCGCGUUAGGCCUUCCUGUGGAGUUGUGUUCUCCUGCACAGCUCAGGCAGCAGACGGAGGCGGUCUGCGCCGCCAUCGAUAAGGUCUUACAGGAUUCCUUGUCUAUGCAUGCUCCUGAUUCUCCUUCAAGAUCCCCAAAGACAAUGUUGGGUUCUGAAACAAUCCAAACUCCAACAACUGUUCCAAGAGCUGCUGGUCGAGAAACCAAAUACGCAAACCUUUCGUCGGCCUCCUCUGCCGUGUCUGAGAGCCAGCUGACUAAACCUGGAGUAAUUCGCCCGGUGCCUGUGAGAUCCAGAAUAUUCCUGAAGACGGAGGAGGAGGUUUAUGAACCCAACCCCUUCAGCCAGUACCUGGGCUUCCGCGGGGGCUUCUCGUCUGAGCAGCAAUGAAGCUGGAGCAGACGUCACGACGCAGGCUUGCUGGAACCUUCUAGAACGCCGGUGCUAACUAACCACGUGCUAGAUCUAACCGUUAGCUUUUUCCCUCCAGAGUGAGUGCUCAAAACUAAGACACAAAAGCGGCUUUGUGCAGGCGUCGAACAGCACGGUGACCGUCCCCACGCCAGCGCGGGGGAGUCAGCCAUCGCUCCCCGCCCCGUCCACGCCUUCAACCCCGUCCUGAGCUGACAGCGACACCAGCGACACGAGCGACACUGAUGACACUAGCGACACUGACGACACUAGCGACACCAGUGACACUGACGAUACUGACACUAGCGACACUGACGACACACCAGCGACACUGAUGACACCAGAGACACUGACGACACUGACGACACCAGCGACACCAGCGACACUGACGACACUGACGACACUAGCCACACUGAUGACGCUGAUGACACUAGUGACACGAGCGACACUGACGGCCCCUCACGCAGCCGCCACAAUAA